UGUAGUACAUGCCAGCACGGUCUGGCCGCGGCUCCGGGAGGGUUAGUGGCCGGAGAGGAGAGGCGAGGGACGGACGGCGGGACCAGCACCAGCCGAGACGCCGUCGCAUGAGCAGCCCGCGCAGCGCCACGCAGUGCCGCACACCCAUGAGUCCCGGCCACCGCCGUGAACCAAGGCAACAGUCAUCAUGAUUCCUGUGAUGGAAUUCCGGCAGUUCUCUGAACAGCAGCCAGCGUUCAGAGUCCUGAAGCCGUGGUGGGAUGUGUUCACCGACUAUCUGUCUGUAGUCAUGCUGAUGAUUGGCGUCUUCGGGUGCACCCUGCAGGUGAUGCAAGAUAAAAUCAUAUGCCUUCCUCAGAGAUCGUCGCUGCAUCCAGACAACAGCAGCGAAGAGGAAAUGAGGCCACUCUUUCCUCUGGAGGCCGCCGCCUCCACCGAGCAGAGAGAAAUGUCAGGCCUGAAAACGGAUCUGGACCUUCAACAGUACAGCUUUAUCAAUCAGAUGUGUUAUGAGAAGGCUCUGCACUGGUAUGCAAAGUACUUCCCCUUCCUGGUUCUCAUGCACACUCUGGUUUUCAUGGUGUGCAGCAACUUCUGGUUCAAGUUCCCAGGCUCGAGCUCUAAGAUAGAGCAUUUCAUCUCAAUGCUCGGCAAGUGCUUUGACUCUCCCUGGACCACUCGAGCUCUGUCCGAGGUGUCUGGAGAGAACACAGAGGAGAAGGACCACAAAAAGAGCGCUCCCACCAGGUCCAACGUGGCCGUGUCCCCUGGAGAAGGCAAUAUGGAGCACACGCAGUCGCUCCGGUCCAUCCCAGAAAAGGUUGUGGUCGACAAACCAUCGGCAAGUGUUCUCGACAAAAAAGAGGGCGAACAAGCUAAAGCUCUUUUUGAAAAAGUGAAGAAGUUCAGGAUCCAUGUGGAAGAAGGAGACAUCCUGUACCGCAUGUAUGUUCGCCAGACUGUUUUCAAGGUAUUCAAAUUCCUCCUGAUCAUCGCCUAUAACAGCUCUCUAGUCUAUAAAGUGAAGAAUGAGGUACGGUGCAGCGUUGACAUCCAGGACAUGACCGGCUACGACAAGUUUCAGUGUAAUCACACCAUGGCUCAUCUGUUUUCCAAGCUGUCCUAUUGCUACCUGUUCCUGGUGGCCGUCUAUGGAUUCACGAGUCUCUACACCUCCUACUGGCUGUUUUACCGCUCACUUAAAGAGUAUUCCUUUGAGUACGUACGGCAGGAAACGGGCAUCAACGACAUCCCGGAUGUCAAAAACGACUUUGCCUUCAUGCUGCACAUGAUCGAUCAGUACGACCCGCUGUAUUCCAAGCGAUUCGCAGUCUUUCUCUCAGAAGUCAGUGAGAACAAACUGAAGCAACUGAAUCUCAACCACGAAUGGACGGUGGAGAAGCUGCGCCAGAGGCUGCAGACCAACACCAACAACCGACUGGAACUGCAGCUGUUCAUGCUCCCCGGUUUACCCGACACCGUCUUCGAGCUGGCGGAGCUUCAGUCCCUCAAGCUGGAGAUCAUCAACAACGUCACCAUAUCUGCCUCGAUCUGCCAGCUGGAGCACCUCCGGGAGCUGUCUCUGUACCAGUGCUCCCUCAAGUUGCACACCACCGCUACCUCCUUCCUCAAAGACAACCUGAAAGUGCUUCGCAUUAAGUUUGACGAUAACCGGGAACUCCCCAACUGGAUAUACGGUCUGAGGAACCUGGAGGAGCUGUACCUCACCGGGUCCCUCAGUCCCGACGCCUCCAAGAACAUCGUCCUGGAGUCUCUGCGGGAGAUGAAGUCUCUGAAAACGCUGUCCCUUAAAAGCAAUUUGAGCAAGAUCCCCCAAUCAACCGUGGACGUGUCCAGCCACCUGCAGAGGCUCUACUUACACAACGACGGCACCAAGCUGGUGAUGCUCAACAAUUUGAAAAAGAUGACCAACCUGAUCGAGCUGGAGCUGGUGCACUGUGACCUGGAGCGCAUCCCGCACGCAAUCUUCAGCUUGACAAGCCUGCAAGAGCUGGACCUGAAAGAGAACAGCCUUCGCUCUAUAGAGGAGAUCGUCAGCUUCCAGCAUCUACGAAAGCUCACAAGCCUCAAGCUUUGGCACAACGGCAUCAUGUACAUCCCCGAGCACAUCAAGAAACUGGGCAGCCUGGAGCGCCUCUACUUCAGCCACAACAAGAUUGAGAUACUGCCCUCUCACCUGUUCCUGUGCAACAAGCUGCGCCACCUGGACCUCUCCCACAACGACAUCCGGUUCAUCCCCCCGGAGAUCGGAGUCCUGCAGAGCCUGCAGUACUUCUCGGUCAGUUGCAACAAGAUCGAGAACCUCCCAGAUGAACUGUUCUUCUGCAAAAAGCUCAAAACCUUGAAGCUGGGCAAGAACUCGCUCUCGACGCUCUCGCCCAAAAUUUCCUACCUAGCUCUGCUGACCUUCCUGGAACUGAAGGGCAACCACUUUGAGGUUCUGCCGCAGGAGCUGGGUUGUUGUAGUGCUUUGAAGCGCAGUGGCCUUAUGGUGGAGGAGAUACUGUUUGAGACUCUGCCUUCGGAUGUCAGGGACCAAAUGAAGGCUGAGUGAGAGGCCUUACACUAGCCACUGUGCCUGCUGUUCAAACCAGACCAUUUCUUUUCUAUAAAGUCAUUAUAACAUUCAAGUACACUACUGUAAGGAGUUGUUUUUUUUUUAAAAGGACAGUACCUGUAUAUUGCAAUACUUAGUGGCCACAGCAGGGACUCGUUAUUGAGCAGCAAAUCCUUUUUAAAGGACUCAUCAUUUUAGGACAUUUGCUCUUUUACAUAAAGUUCAUAUUUAUCUCAUCCCUGCACAUUAAACUUUGAACAGUAAACACUGGAGCCCGGCAAACGUUUUCCCUUUGCUGUCGGUGUGCUGAGCUAGUAUCCGGCUGGAGCUCCUGACACAGAGACGAGAGAUACAUCUAUUUUUCUCCGCUUUCUCUUGGAAUGAAAUGGGAAUAUUUCCUUGAUGUCAAACAGGUCCUUCCAGUCACCAUUACCGUCUUUGUUCCGUCGUAUAUUUUGAUAAACAAAUGUCCAUCUAACCUGAAGACCUUACUUCAAGUAGGUGUAGGGCAGAAGCCUUAAAUUGUAUUAUAUAUGUAUACACUUCAUGUUUCUUUCAGAGGAUUGUUAAUUCACACGGCACACAGCAGGGGAAACAAGGGAAAAAGUGUAUAGAUAAUAACUUUGAUUAUUAAUUAUGUAUUGUAGAAAUCUGACCAUUUAAAGUGCAUUAAACUGAGAGGACUAUGUUAAAGUGUACAUGAAUAAGGCCUAUUUUAAUAAACAGAUUUUUUUUAAA